ACAAUUUGUUUAUUUACAGGAUUUUACGUUUCUUAAACUUAUAUUUUAAUUAAUUGCAAAUUGCAAUCGAAUUAACAAUUUCGUGCGAUUGUUUGCGAUCUAUGCUUAAUUUAAUAUGGAAUUAGAUACAAAGUUUAAGGUCUUUAUAACAUCUACUACUUUGAUAGUUGGUAGUGCGAGUUUUGUUUAUUUAAUUUCAAAAUUUAAUAAACGAUGUAGAAAUGCUAUAGAUGCUCUGAAUUAUUUAACGAUUGUGACUGUGACCAAAGAGAGUGAGUGUAAUAUCGUCGUUGGAGAAUUACGAAGGAGAUGCAAGUUCCAUAGAGCUGUGGGAUUUGAUUGUGAGUGGGUGACAGAACAUGGGAAAAAGAGACCAGUUGCCUUGGUACAGUUAUCAACAUUUGAUGGUUACUGCGGUCUCUUCCGACUCAAUUUGUUGCAGACUGUACCCAAUUCUCUAAAGGAGUUAUUAAAUGAUGUAAAUAUAUACAAGGUGGGAGUUGCACCAUCCGAUGAUGCAAAGUAUUUGCAAGCGGAUUAUAAUAUCAACCUUAAGUCCACUCUGGAUGUAAGACAUUUAGCGGUGCUGUGCAGACAUCACCCUGGGGGUUUAGGUUCCUUGUCAAAAUCUUUGCUAAAUAUUAUUUUAGACAAAAGUUGGAGGGUCCGAUGCAGUAAUUGGGAAGCAGAUACACUGACAGAUGCACAAGUUAAGUACGCAGCAGCUGAUGCUCAUGUGGCCAUAAAGAUAUUUGUAAAACUCAUUGACAAGUUAAACAAACCUAGCAAAUGGUCAAUGCUGUUAGGCACCAAAGGAUCUAAAGAUGUUUGGAAUAAUUUAGAUGAUGUGUGCAUGAAGUUUGCUGAUUUUUAUUUUAAAGUGUCACAUGCUCUCAGGGGCAUAGAUGCUGUUAAUAACCCAAAAAGGAUUAAAGAGGUCUCCAAGACAUAUUCUAAUUUGACUCGCACCAAACCAUUGUAUCACAACUGCUUCCUACAGGCGCCAGAUGGAGAAUUACUGUGCACAUGUGAUAAUAAAAAAGCGUUAUGGUAUGUGCAGAAACAGCUAGCGGAUGUAGUGACGGAGGAGCCUCUGACAGUGAGACUCCGGUUCGAGCCGGCCGGCCGCUCCGUGGGCGAGGUGGGCCGCUACUACCAGCUCACUAAGGAGAACAAGUGCGUUGUGUGCGGGAACAACAACUCCUACAUACGGAAGAACGUCGUGCCCAGAGAGUAUAGGAAGUACUUCCCUGACAUAAUGAAAGACCACUCGUCUCACGACGUGCUGCUGCUGUGCGCGCCGUGCCACCAGCGCAGCAACGUCACCGACCAGCGCGUGCGCGACCAGCUCGCCAGCCUGUGCGCCGCGCCACUCUGCAACAGGGACUCCAGCAAAUACGUAGAGGACUCCAUGCAGAAGAAAGCUCGGUCUGCAGCACGCGCUCUACUCAAUCCAUUCGCGACGCUGCCCGCAUGGAGGCGCACUGAGCUUGAACGAUUGCUUCUACAUUACUACCAACACGAUGAGAUCACUACAGAACUAUUGCAGGAAGCGGCCGAUCUGCAAGUACUAUUUGAGAAUCAAGACUAUGAAUCGCAUGGUUUAAAAGUGGUCGAAUUCUUUCUGGAGGGGGAGGGUGGUUUGCUAGCACUAGAAGAAAUGUGGAGGAAGCACUUUUUGAGGUCCAUGCAGCCAAAGUAUAUGCCUGAACUAUGGUCCACAAAACAUAAUGAAGAGAGAUUACGUGUAAAGUACAAUGAAGGAAGAUUGAAUGAAGAGCAAUUAAAGGCCAUUGGCGUCACGGUAUCGGACUUCAGCGAGCAAUAUGAAGUGAUACCAUUCGGAAAUUCGAAUUGAGUAGUAUAAAACUAAUUGUAGUUUUAUUAUUUUAAGUUUUUACCGAGGUAGAGUAUG